AUGGCUGCCACAUCCAGUCAAGACACAAGAACUGAUCACCUAGUCAAAUGGGCUGUUGAACUAAAAUAUAGUGAUAUCCCUGACCAUGUUGUUCAACGUACCAAAGAUUUCUUCCUGGAUACGCUGGGCUGUGCCAUAGCGGGACGAAGUCACCCGGCUGUUUCUGCAAUGGUGCACUUUGCAGCUCAAAUGGGACCUUCCAGUGGCAAAAGCGAGCUCAUUGAUGGCUCCCAAAGUCUUACCACUAGUCCAGCAUUUGCUAGUUUUAUAAAUGCUGCUGCAUCCCAUGUUGUUGAGCAGGAUGAUCUUCAUAACCGAAGCAUCAUGCAUCCGGCGACUGUCAUUUUCCCUGCUGCUCUUGCGGUAGCUCAGGACAUUGAAGCUAGCGGAGAAGACUUUAUUGCGGCCUGUGUGGUUGGUUAUGAAGUCGGCUGCCGAGUUGGCGAGUAUCUAGGGAAGAGUCACUAUGAGAAGUUCCACACUACUGCUACGGGUGGAGUUAUCGGAGUUGCGGCGGCAGUAGCUCAUCUUCUCAGACUCGAUGCAAGCCAAACAUUAUCAGCAAUAGGAACAGCCGGAACACAAGCCGCAGGGUUAUGGCAAUUUUUGAUGGAUGCAACCCAUUCGAAACAAGUGCACACCGCUAAAGCCUGCUUCGAUGGUAUAUUCGCCGCCUAUAGUGCUCGCGAUGGUCUCCUAGGGCCACGGGAUAUCUUAGAAGGACCCCGCGCCAUGGGCGCCGCACUGGUCCCCGGUGAAACAAAUCCAGAGGCAAUUGACCGGGAUCUGGGUUCAGACUUUGCAGUUGUUCGCUCGAGCUUCAAGUGGCAUGCGUCUUGUCGGCACACUCACCCUAGUGUGGACGCACUGCUGAACCUGAUGGCCAACAACAGUGUUGCUUUUGAUGAUAUCGACUCUAUUCUCGUUCCCACUUACCAAGCUGCCAUCAAUGUACUUAGCUUGAGUGGGAAUGGUGAUACUGUCCACCAAAGCAAAUUUUCAAUGGGAUUCGUACUUGCCAUUGCGGCAAAGAAGGGACAGGCUAUGAUUACGGACUUUACAGAAGAAGAUCUAGCGGAUGAAUCUUUGCGUGAAUUUCAAAGUCGGGUCAAGAUGGAAUACAAUGCGGAAAUAGAUGCUCACUUCCCAGAAAGAUGGCAAGGAACUGUGAUCGUUACAUGCAAGUCUGGUAAGACUUUCAAAGAGUCGGUCACAUUUGCAAAGGGAGACCCAGAACUUCCUUUAACCAGAUCCGAAAUCGAGGCGAAAACCAAUGCGCUUGCUAGAUAUGGCGGUAUUACUGAUACGAAAAAAAUUGGCUCACUGAUCAAGAGAGCAUGGAAUUUGGAACAUGAAACAAAUGUUCGAGGAUUUGUUUUUUAA